GCGUCCCGCCCGGCGCUCCCCGCAGUUCGCGCUGCCCCGGAAGCGUUCGCCGGCCGCCGGGGCCUGCGGGAACAUGGCCGAGUCGCCGGAGGAGGUGGCGGUGCUGGUGCAGCGGGUCGUGAAGGACAUUCGGAACGCCUUCCAGCGCAACCCGCACAUAGAUGAAAUUGGAUUAAUACCCUGCCCUGAAGCCAGGUAUAACCGGAGCCCUAUUGUCCUGGUAGAAAACAAGCUUGGUGUGGAGAGCUGGUGUGUCAAGUUUCUUUUGCCAUAUGUCCACAAUAAACUUCUCCUCUACAAACAAAGAAAACAGUGGCUGAACAAAGAUGAGCUGAUAGAUAUCACGUGUACCUUGCUGCUCCUGAACCCCGACUUCACCACUGCCUGGAAUGUGAGGAAAGAAUUAAUACUGUCUGGCACUUUAAAUCCUCUUAAAGAUUUGCAUCUUGGAAAACUGGCGUUAACCAAGUUUCCAAAGAGUCCAGAAACAUGGAUUCAUAGACGAUGGGUGCUGCAACAACUAAUUCAGGAAAACUCCUUGCCAAGUCUUGCGACUAAAGGAAACCUGGGAGCAGCACCUGUGGAGAGAAUUCACCGACUAGUGCAGGAGGAAAUGAAUGUCUGCUCUGAAGCUGCUGGGAGAUAUCCAAGCAACUACAAUGCCUGGUCCCAUCGCAUUUGGGUUCUACAGCAUUUGGCAAAGUUGACUGUCAAGGUUCUCCUUGAUGAACUUUCAUCCACUAAAUAUUGGGUAUCCAUGCAUGUCUCGGACCAUAGUGGAUUUCAUUAUCGCCAGUUCUUACUCAAUUCCUUGAUAGGCAGAACUGUGACUGACAAUAACAUACUGGUAAAUGAACAAAACCCUAACCUUCAGAAGGAGCAGGAGAGUGCAGGGACAGAAGCUGCUUGUGCAGAGGAGCAAAGCGUGGAUCUCCCCCGCCGUUUGGAGGAAGAGAUGGAGCUCUGCACUGAACUGAUUGAUAAUUACCCAGGGCAUGAAACCUUGUGGUGUCAUAGAAGGUGUGUGUUCUACCUUCAACAGCACCUAAACAACAAAUUUCCUCUUCUGAGUGCAGUGGUAUCAUCUGCGGACAGCAGUGAUGAGACUCUGAAUAAUUCCCACCACAGUCCUGCAACAAGUCACAUGGCUCAAGCUAUGGAUGUUGAUGGUUUGAAUGAAUCCAGCAGCAAACAAGGUUAUACACAAGAAACAAAACGCCUGAAGCGCGCUCCUGUGCAGGACUCUCUUGGUCCAGAAAUGGAAUACCAGUUCAUUGAUAAAGUAUUAUCAACUUGUAGGGAUGUGGACCAAGCCAGGUUUGCUACUGCUUAUAGGAAAUGGUUAGUUAAAUUUUUAAGUCAGUGAAGGAAGUGUUUAAAGCUUUCAGGGUUCUUUUCUUAGUGCAAUAUUCUCUUUUCAGACACAAAUGCAUGUCUUGGUUGCAAGUGUUAGCCAACCUUGUGUUUCUCUCUCUUUUGAUGGUCAGUCCUAAAGUUCAAAUUCAGAGUAGAAGUCUGUCACUUUAUUAAAAACUGGCAUACCUUUUUAUUUACCAAAUGCAGUUUGUUCCUUAAUCUUUUUAAGAAACCACUCUGUCAGCUUCGUACCGUGACAUUUUCUUACUUUUUACUUCUGUGUUAACUCUGAAUCAUUACACUUUUUUAAAAAACAAAAGAGGUAAAAGAAGAAAAGUCUGAAAUGCUUGUGAAUCAGUGUCUGAAAAAAGGAUGAGAGUAUCUGUCAGUAACAACUAAACCUGUUUCCAGGGUGUUCCUCUUUACUAUGUGGUGUCAUGCUAACACCUUAUUGGAUCCAGACUGUAUUCGGUGAGUGCUAUUAUUUUUGUAUUAGGAACCUUUGGUAGAACGCCAGACUGCAGUGUUUCUUUCUCAAGGCUCCAGUAACAAUAUUGGAGCCAUCAUGCCUUUUACUGUUUUAACUGGGGUUUUGUUUGCUUGUUAGUUGUCAUGUUAGCUUGAUAGUUGAAAUCCUGACACAAGAAAACGUGACAGAAAAUAGUUCAAACACAUCUUCACACACUUAGAGCUGUAUUUGGAAGUACUUUUCUUAAAACAGACUACUUUCUUUCCUUACUUGGUGUUUAUUUAUUUUAUCUCAACAAUCCAGAAUUAAUCACACUCGAUAACGUUUCUGAAUGUAUUAUGUUCACUACAGAAUCUCAGCCUCCUCAAUCGCACUUUGCUGAUUGUACUUAACCAAGACUGUACAAGGCCAAUAUUUGAUGGAGUAAAAACUAAAUCUUCUGACUGGUUGUUGAGACUAUACAGUUAAAAAAAAGAAAGUGACAGCAGGAGGAAGCUAUCUCUUCCCUUUUGUUCUUUGAGCUUCAGUGUUUGGGGUUUUUUUUAUCUUCUUUACUCUUCCUUAAGAGCUCUUCUCCAACCAUACAUCUCUGUUAACAUAACUGUAAAUUUGAAGGGAAUUAUAAAUUAAAUACAUUUGUGUAUUCUGUCAUUUCCUUAGAACUUGUCUGCAUAAGGGAUUUUUUACACUAGUAGAAUUGUACUGAUCUAGAGACCUGGGGGAAACAUUCUACGGUUGUAGAAGUCUGUACAAUGACAACAUGGCCUCUUUUAAAAUCAGCCUAUUCACUGAGGGGACUCAGUUUUCAAGUUAGUGUCCUCAUCAGAAUUGUGGUAUAUAUCUCCUGGCCAAAAUGCCUCUUGACCAUGAUGAAGUUUCAAGAUGCUGUUUCUGUUGCACAGAGAGAGAAACAAUGAGGGAGGAAAAACACAGGUAGCCUGCUCAAAAGGUAUCAUUUCAAAUGAAAAGAAAGGCACUUGAAAUAUGGAAUUUCAGCACUUCUAAAUAGUUUGAAUGGGGUUUACUCUUGCAUUUCAGAAUGAAAACAGACCAUCUGUAGUCUUUGAGAGUGUGUUUGUGACACAUUUCAGGCACAGAAUAGCUAACAAAGACAUUUCUAUAUGUAUACACUGUUACUGUUCUGUUUACGGUACCUAGAUAAGAUGGAUCUAGGCUUGAGCAUCUCCGUGUCAAAGUUUUGUCUCAGAGGGCAUCCGCACCUGCCUCUCUGUAGCUAGGGAUGUUUGGUCAUUUGUUUUGAAGUGCUCUGGGAUGCUGUCUUGAUUGAUGGUUGUAGUUGCAGAAGAACAUUGUUGUUGUCUGAAGGAGGUGUGGGAAUGGCUUGAGAGGAUAAUUUUGUCAUAAGAUGUUGCCUCUGUGAUAACUAAUAAAUGGGUAGGUUCAGGUACAAAUGGAGUCUGAACUUAAAGAACCUGAGCAAGAACUUUUACCCAUCUCAGAGGACCUGAUAUUCCUUGAGUAUGGAUGAUAUAUUAUGUAUGGUAGCAUGUGUCAGCUUGAUUAACAAUAUCCCAUUAAUUAACAGUAUCCCAUUAAUGACUUGUGCGAACCCAGAAGGUGUGAAACCAAGUAUUAAGGAUCACAUUCUUGGUCCUGGGCUACUUAGUAACGUAGUUGUGUGUUGUUUGCCUUGGCAAAAAUUACCUAUUUGUGAGAAAAAUAUUAGUAGUAGGAGCAGCCUCAGAAGUGGGAACAUGAUAAGAAGUAUUUCUUGAACUAUGGAAAGGAAGAGAUGCUCUCUUCUUGGACUGGAAUGAUUGAGGCUUUUAGAGGAAAAUAAUAACAUUAGAAUCUGACUUGAAACCUAUUAUAUACUUCUUCCAUACUAUAAUCUGGAGUCUUAGUUAGCUUUAUUAGAGCUGUACUGUGGAAGUUCAGUGCUACUGAAUUUGACAAUCUUUCCGCCAUAAACAUUUACACAGAUGCUCUGAUAAUACACAUGUAAGUGAUGCAUACUCAUAGGAAGACAAGACUUGGUCCUAUGUAACUGAAAAGAGUUGCAUUGAAUUUUAAUACUUGGAAAAUGUUCUGAAUACUCUGAUUAGAGAUGGUGCUGAUAUUUUUAUUACUUUUGCAAAACACUGAUGGCUGUAGUAUAGCUCUUAAGAGUGGAUUUUCAAAGUCUGCACCUGAUGGAAAUACUCCCCACACUUUUUUUUUUUUUUUAAAUCCAGUAAGAAUAGUUACAUUUAGAAAUGUUUGCAGACCAGGCUCUGCCACACAGAAAACUGAACAAUAACAGUGAAAUUGAAACAAAUCAUGUUUUUUUGCUUUGAAAGAAAUGCAAACAAUAAGCUGUUAAAUUCAAGCUUUAUGGUAACAAUAUAAAUUAUAUGAAAGAAGAAAAUAAUAUCUAAAUUCUUCAAGCUGUCAGUGUCCUGAAGCCUCAUACAUGAAAUGAUUGAAGAGAUACUUGUAACAAGUUUCAUUAAGCUCAGAACUGAUCUUUGCCACAUACCUAUCUGGCCAUUCGGCAGUAUUGCAGAGUCCCAUUUGGGUGCUGCUUGAAAAAAAAAGAGAAGUAGCUUCGGUCCAUUGGUAGUUAACACAUAUAAAGGUUACUGAAUAUGCUUUCUUUAAGUAAAGUGUAUCCACUGUUUUGUGUUUUGGAGAUCAGAAACUAAAAAUGUAGUCAGUGAACAUUCUUGAGGAGAAAAUGUCCAACAGAAGCUGCAGAAUACAAGGCUCUUACUCUCAGAAGUUCCUUCAGAUAUAAAAACAAACUUUGCACAUCUGUAAACAUCUUCAUGUAAUGUUCAGCAUCUUUCCUGAUUUUGUCAUAUGCUGUAGUAUGUGUCAUUUGAAUUGAUGCAGGCUGUUUUUGCUUUGUAGAAAUUUGUACUAGAAACAAAGGGGUUUGAGGAACAAAUGUAAUUUAAAACUACAGAGAUUGGAAUAGAAGGAGUUGCAUUUUUAAGGGAUCGAAUUCUGAGCUGCUAAAUACAUUGACUGUUAUUUCAAUGACAUUUGGUUUGUCUUUUGUGUUACAGUCACUGGAGAAACAUGUGCAGCAUUAAAGAUAACUACAAUAACAAACCUGUAUGACCUUAUUGGAACACAUUGCUAUAGCUGCACUGAUUAAUAUUUGUUAAUCUACUCAUGUCUGCAUAUUUGUGUUUUAUUGACUUCCUAUAUAUUUAUACAACAAAGUUCAUGUGUCAUUUAAAUAGGGGAUAAGCUAAAUUGUCGGUUUAUGAUAUUUGAUUAAUUACCUUAUAUGUACUUUGCUUUAGGACAAAUUAACAAAGUGUAAUAUAGAUAGAAAUCUUAGAUUUUUGUCUUACAAUCAAAAUUUCUGGCAUUUCCAAUUUUGUGUUAGUGCUGCUUAAUUAGAAUGUAUAGCUAGACUUUAUGGAUGGGGGUGAGGGUUUUUUUCCUAAAUAGAUAAUUAAUGAAUUUUUAAAACAGUACUGUAUAAUAUUGAUGGAUAGAAACAAAGAGUUUUGGAAGGGUUUGUCUGCAUAGCCAGACUCAACAAGCAUACUCUUUCAGAAUAACAUAUAAUACAAUGAACAAAAUGUGACUACCAGAGAAUAAUUUAAGUUGUGAGUCUUCAGAGAUUUAAUGAUUUAAUUUUUGGACAAGGUUUUUUGCUUAGUUGUAUUUUACCUUCUGUGAGGAAAGAAUGCUGUUUGUUUGGGGUUUUUUUCAGUCUAGUAGGACAUGAACCAUUGCACUUACAGUGUGGGGGAAAACGCCUACAACUGCUGAAUUGUAUCUUACAGGGCAAUUUUGGAAAAAACAGUGAAGUGAAACAUAGAUGUGACUUCUAAAUGCAUCUUUCUCGUAUACUCAUUUGGUGGCAUAUUUACAAUUAGAUCUUACUGUUUUAUCAGUGUCAGAUACAGAGGAAAGGGUGUAGCUCACCUGUUCUCAAAUGCACUUAGCAUUCAAAGUACUUUCAAAGGAAGUUCAGUGUCCCUGUCUAAGAUAAUUUUCCUUCUGUUUUUGCCCAUAUACUCAGAGGUAUGUUUUCUUCUCAACUUCUUCUCUGUUCUUCCAAGCAGCAAAGAAGAAUGUAGCAAAGCAUUGGUGAGGUGGCCUAAUUUUGUGUUUAUAUAACUCUGACUACCUCCCAAAAAGUACUUUGACUGAUGUCCUUAAGUGGAGUUCAUCAGGCUCAGUUUUUUCAGAACCUCAUGCUAGGCCUAUAUUCUCUUUCAUAUGUGAAAAGCAAGAGCUUUUUGAAGCCAUCUAGUUUCCCAGGGAGAGUUUGAAGGAGAAAAGAUAAAAAGAUCAUGUACUUAAAGUCGGAAAAUCUAGAAUUAGCAUAACUUUUCAUUAGUCUUUUCCACUGAAGAAGCAAAAUAUUGCUAAAAAAUGGAGGAAAUAUGUGCUUCCAGGGAGUUCAUUGUAUUACUCUUUCAAAUUACAGACCUGACACUUCCUAGUGGCUUUUACUUAGUGUGUAAUGUUACUUCUCAGGGCAUAGUCUAUUGUAGUGAAUUAGAGUACAUUUUUACUAUUUAUAAUUAUUGAUU